AUUCUCCCUUUCAUCCAACAUUCUCUUCAUCCUCGCCAUCUUCAUUCUGUUUCCCCUUGCUUUUUCUUCUCAUUUUCGUAUUCUUGCAAAAAAAAUCAAACGAUAAUCAGCCGAGAAACAAAGAAAAGGCCAAUUAACAACCUCAAAUGUUAGCUGAAACUUAUCCCCAUAAUAAUUUAUUAUCUCAUAGUAGUAAUUUUCGUAACAACAUGGUUCACUCCGUGCCCAAUAUGUCAUCAACUGCCGUUAACGACGACGAUUUCGACGUCCGUCAAAGUAGUUUCUCGGCCUAUGACCCCAAUCGCCUUAGCGCCGAGGGAUCUCCUACGAUGUUGUCACCUUGGAACCAAAGUUCUCCUUUUAAUAAAUCCCCUUGGUACAAAUUUGACGAUGAUGUUCCGAAAAACAUACCACAAAAUGGACUCAUUGGCUCUCUUGUUCGUGAAGAAGGGCAUAUUUAUUCUUUAGCUGCAAAAAAUGAUAUUCUUUAUACUGGUUCAGAUAGCAAGAACAUACGUGUUUGGAAAGAUAUGAAGGAAUUUGCUGCUUUUAAAUCAAAUAGUGGUCUUGUUAAAGCAAUUAUUAUCUCCGGCGAGAAGAUUUUUACGGGUCAUCAAGAUGGAAAGGUACGAGUUUGGAAGGUGCAAUCGAAGAAUCCCAGUAAUCAUAAACGUGCAGGGAGUUUGCCUACAUUUUUUGACAUUUUCAAGGCUUCCAUUAAGCCCAGCAAUUAUGUGGAGGUAAAGCGUAAUCGGACAGCCCUUUGGAUCAAGCAUUGCGACGCAAUUUCAUGUUUGAGCAUGGACCAUAGCCAAGGCCUUCUCUACUCAGCUUCAUGGGAUAGAACAUUUAAAGUAUGGAGAGUUGAUAACUCCAAAUGUUUAGAAUCAGUUAAAGCCCAUGACGACGCCGUUAAUUCGGUAGUAGCCAGCGUAGACGGAAUCGUUUAUACCGGUUCAGCAGACGGAACCGUCAAAGUUUGGAAAAGGGAAUCCGUAGGAAAAACCGUAAAUCAUGUUUUUGUACAAACACUAUUGAACCAGGAAAGUGCAGUGACGGCUCUAGCGGUUAAUAAAUCCGGUUCAGUAGUUUAUUGCGGUUCUUCGGACGGCGUUGUGAAUUUUUGGGAACGUGAAAAACAGUUGUCUCACGGUGGAGUUCUCAAAGGGCAUAAAUUAGCGGUUCUUUGCUUAGCAAUUGCUGGGAAUUUGGUUUUCAGCGGUUCAGCAGAUAAAAAUAUUUUUGUUUGGAAAAGGGACGGUUCGGUUCACACGUGUUUGUCUAUAUUGACCGGUCAUAAUGGACCGGUGAAAUGUUUAGCGGUCGAGGAAGAUAAGGAGUCGACCGGAAGUGAGGAAAAAUGGGUGGUUUAUAGUGGAAGUCUUGAUAAAUCGGUGAAAGUUUGGAGUGUUUCAGAAAUGGCACCUAAUUUGCAUCAUAUGGCCAUGAAUAAUGGUCAAGAAGAUGUAAGCUGGGAUUCAAUCCCAUCCGCUAAAUAUUCAUCAGACGGUCCAAGUAUAUGACACGUGUAAUGAAGCUGCAUUAUUAGUCCAAGGUGGUCUUAUACACCAUUAAUCGCACAGAGAAGAAGAAACAUUAACGAAGGGAUUAUGGUGUAAAUAAGGCAAUUCUGAUUGUGUAAAUUUCUGGUACAAUGACUAUGUAAUUCAGGGUAGGAAUGUGGAUCAAUAACUUCUUUCUUACAAUUUCUUAGUUACUUAUACCACUUUCCUGUAAUAGCACUUAAAUUUAUUUACUUUACAAAGUUUUAUUCAUCU